AUGGGGCAAUUCGACUGGUUCGGGAGCAUCGGCGCGACGCCGGAGGCUGUUGCCGUACUCAACGACCAGCCCAUCCUCUUCACCAUCCUCCUCAUUGUCCUUCCAGAACAAAAGAAGAAGAAGGAAAAGAAGAAGCCGGCGCCAAAGAAAUGA